AUGCCUCGAGUAAGAAUUUUAAAUAAGCAUGUACAAAAAGCAUAUUAUAAUAUUUCUUCUGCUUCUAACUUGUCACAAAACUUUUAUGAACAUAAUCUUGGUUAUAUGAAUAUAGAAUGUAUACAUUGUGGUGCACUUUAUUGGAUUGAUGAAUAUAUAACUUCCUCAUCUCAAAAUAACCACAAAUUUGCAAAAUGUUGUUCAUAUGUCUCUACCAAAUCCUUUGCAUCAACUUUUGAAGACCAAGACGAACAUUCAAAAGAAUUUUGUUAUAAUAUUCACCAAUACAAUGCAGCAUAUGCAUUUACUUUACUUGGUACAAAUAUUGAUAAAACUGUUCUUUAUAAUUGUGGGCUAUACAGUUUUCAUAUCAAUGGUGAAUUGUAUCAUCUUACAGGUUCUUUUCUUUCUAAAGUGAAUACUAAUGCAUCUUAUGUAUAG